GACGAAGUUUAGGGUACGAGUGGUGGCACGCAAAUUGAGCUUGUCUUUUCAUAGUCUCUUCCAAGUACUUAGGAGUAGGUGUAGGCUUCAUGAUUUUAAUAAUUUCUUAGACGACUUGGAUUAAUGUAAGAUGCAUGGUAAGCAAGAGCAAGAAAGGCUAGGAGGAGGAGAGAAUUUUAAUGCAUAUGGUCCUUCAAACUUUGACUCUCAGUAUCAUCAAUAUGUCUUGCAGCACCAGAAACUACAGCAGAUCAACGGGAGCAGUCAUGCCAGACAAUUCUUUCCUAUACCAGACUCGAAGCAGCUGAUGCAACGGUUGAACCCAUUUUGGUCGUCAUGUUGUUCUCGUAGCAAAACUGGCGAUCCAGGAGGUGGAGGAGGUCUACUGCGAUCCUCGUCAUGCUGUGCAACGAUAAAACAGUGCUGGAAAAGUGGAGCAUGCCAGGACUUUGUCCAGUGUUGGGUCAAAGGAUGUUGUCGAUUGUGCGACUGCUGCUUGCGAGUCGCAGGGGUGCUGCUCGUUACCCUAGCAUUAAGUGUUUCCGAAUUACAUCCCUCAGCACUACCAUCCUUGGCUCCUUUUCAAGGGGGAAAUAGGUCCAGGAUGUUCUGAAGAAUGCAAUUCGGCAACCUCUAAUAGCACUCCUGAUCCAGACACUCGCUUCCUACGUUUUCCUCCACUACGCGGUCCCAGAGAUGCACGGCUUCUGCUUUGUGCACCACGCAGAUCACGAGCACGAGGAGGACGAAGUAGAGGAGAAGCUUCAGCAAUGGUUGGUCGGAGCGUUCUUCCUUUUCGUGCUGGGUAAUGCAGUGUGGAACCACAUGGCGGCAGUUUGCCUAAGUCCGGGUCAUCCUCCUGCUCAUUCAACACAGAUGAGAACUGAGGAACUCACGGAGAUUUUAGGUAACAACUACAACAACUAUGUUCACCGAGUUGGUGGAGAGCAGUGUUCUUGGAAGACACCAGGAGGAGGACGAGGGGGUGUAGAAGAAGGCCAACAUUGGUGGACCAGUGCGGGUUCCUCGGGUACUAACAGUAACAGGGAUAUUAACGCUUACCCUUACAACAAUCACCAGGGAGAUAGUAGGGAUGUUGUAUGCACUCCGGCAACGACCUCAGCUUAUAGUUCUAGCCAACAACAGUUUCAGUUCUAUGAAGAUCCGCCUCAGGUGAAUGAGAGGACCACUUCUACUCCUGGGAUGAACAAUGAAACAACAAGUAGUUGUAGCCCAGCAACCUCUACUUCUCCCGACCACAAUUAUUAUAGCGACACUAGCAUGUUUUUCCCAAGGAUUUGUCGUAGGUGCGACCGCUGGAAACCGGAACGUGCUCAUCAUUGCUCCGUUUGCGGCCAGUGUGUCCUGAAAAUGGACCACCAUUGUCCAUGGAUCAACAACUGCGUAGGCUUCGGCAAUUAUCGACAUUUUUGUUGUUUCCUCUUCUGGCUGUACAUCGAGACUUGGGUCAUUCUCAUUAGCUGCUACGCACAAUUCGCCGAGGUCAUGAUCUACUACCGCAGUCGGCACGACACCUUUGAAGCAAGGCAAUUUGUCUGCUUCUUGUACGUGAUAGCAGCUGCGGUUUCCUUGGCGAUUCUGGUUCUAGGGAGUUUUCAUCUCUACCUAGUUUUGACGAAUCAGACUACAAUAGAAUGGCAAAUGGCUUUUGGCGGCUUAGACGACGAUGAAGAAGAGCCAAAUCCCUAUCAUUUGGGGACAAAAUGUUUGAAUUUCAAGCAGGUCUUCGGCGAUCGAGGUGUGGUACUAGGACUUCUUCCUUGGCUUGCUGAGGGGAGUUUCAAGCCGAAAGGGAGGAAAGUAAGCGAAGGACUCUCAUUUCCAAGAACUACGAGGUUUUGUGUGUGAAGAGUAUGUUCAUGCAUUUACAUUGUCAUCGAUAGACACGACUGGUACUGGAACUUCUCCAAAUAAAUAUAACUUAAUCAACGCUAAUGAACCGAGAAGAUCAAUGAACAGGAACUAUUAACGCGACUGUUGGGCUACGACUUUGCUACACAAUUAGGACUUAAGUUUAGAGACUCUCUUUGUCAUGCUUGAUCACUGAUAGAAUAAACUGCAAAUUGAAGAUGUCAUUAUCACAGCUGUUGUUCUAAUCAAUCUCACUACAGUUAAGGGUAGGCUAA